ACCGUUUAGGACAGAAGAAAAAAACAAACCUUUUAGCCUUCUGCCAUUUUUUUAUUUUAACAUUUUUUUUACUUUUCCCAUUUUGUUUAGUUGUACAGAUUUCCAUUUGCUUUUUUUUUUUCCCUCGGUGGGUCUGGGUCGCUUGGGCGUAAGGAAGAAGGGCUGCAUGCAUGACACUCCGCAAAGGCGAGAAGACGACCAUCAGCAUCCAGGAGCACAUGGCCAUUGAUGUCUGUCCUGGUCCCAUCCAGCCCAUAAAGCAGAUCUCGGACUACUUCCCCCGCUACCCGCGGGGUCUCCCCCCUACAGCUCCCUCCACCCUCAGCCGUGCUGGCUCCCUGCGCUCUUCCGCCAGCCAGCAGUCAGAGGGCCUCUCCUCCGUCCAGGCCCACGACGAUGAAGACCUGGAUCGGGCCUUUGGGGCUGCCGCGCCCCCGCCCAGCAAGAAGGAAGAGGAACCCGACGUGGAGGGAUAUGACUCCGACGACUCCACUACUCUGGGGACCCUGGACUUCAGCCUUUUGUAUGACCAGGAGAACAAUGCCCUCCACUGUACCAUCAACAAAGCUAAGGGGCUCAAACCAAUGGAUCACAAUGGUCUAUCAGAUCCAUAUGUUAAGCUGCACCUGCUGCCAGGAGCCAGUAAGGCCAACAAGCUCCGCACAAAGACCUUGCGCAACACCCUAAACCCUGUCUGGAGUGAGACCUUGACUUACUAUGGCAUCACUGAUGAAGAUAUGGUUCGAAAAACACUCAGGAUUUCAGUGUGCGAUGAGGACAAGUUCCGCCACAAUGAAUUCAUUGGAGAGACCCGGAUCCCACUGAAGAAACUCAAGCCCAACCAAACUAAGAACUUCUAUAACUGCCUGGAGAAACAGCUGCCUAUUGACAAGACUGACGACAAGUCCCUGGAGGAGCGUGGUCGCAUCAUGAUCUCCCUCAAGUACAGCUCCCAGAAAUCUGGCCUGGUCGUGGGCAUUGUCCGUUGUGCCCACUUGGCCGCCAUGGAUGCAAAUGGAUUCUCCGACCCUUACGUCAAAACAUACCUAAAACCUGAUGAAAACAAGAAGUCAAAGCAUAAGACUGCUGUCAAGAAGAAAACUCUCAACCCUGAAUUUAAUGAGGAGUUCUUCUAUGAAAUCAAGUAUGCAGAGCUCAGCAAAAAGACCCUGGAGGUGACAGUGUGGGAUUAUGACAUUGGAAAGUCCAAUGACUUCAUAGGCGGAGUUUCCCUGGGGAUUAAUGCCAAUGGAGAGAGACUGAAACACUGGUUCGACUGCCUCAAAAAUAAGGACAAGAAAAUCGAGCGCUGGCACACACUGACCAAUGAACUGCCUGGAUCUGUGUUCAGUGACUAAAGAUACCCCUGCCUACUCCACCUCUCUUCCCCAGCCCUCAACCUCCAAUCCCCUGCCUUUGUGGCUAAAUGGCCCUCGGGCCUGAUCUGAGUGUAGCUCUGCUUUGAUUGACAAAUACAUUCCAGCAGUUUCUCAUUUUGGAGAUGGGUACCAGAUCUGCCUCUUUUCACCUCAAGGUUUUGUCUGAGAAUGGGUUCUUUCUCAUAAUAUGAUGUAGCUUAUGGGUCAAUGAGGAAAAGAACUUAUGAACUUACUCUGGGAAAAGAGAAGAAGUGGAAUCAUACAGUGCGUUUCAAGAUGAAAACAUAAAAACUUACUGUCUGAGCAGAGGAUGUUGGCCGCACAUCCCACAAUGUCUUGCAUGGAAAAUAUAAUGUCAUAUUUCCUGGCACAAUGCACUAAGUGUGAAAUUGUAGGUGCGUGAGCUAGAACGCUGUCUACGUUUUUUCUUACUGACUACCCAGCUCAAGUAAUGAGUAAGCAAGUGAUUCUCUGCCUAGCUGUUUGUUUUCAACAUAAGUGUAAUUAUGCUUCACUAAAACUAAAGGAAAAUGUAAGAUUACUAUGAAUAUAAAAAAUGAAUGGAUAAAAAUAGGAAGAAUUUGUUUAUUGUUGAUGUCGUGCUGAACUUGUCAGUAGUAUGUUGAAAAUCACAAGGCUACCAAAACACGAUGCCACAUAACCUGUAGCUAUGCACGUAAGCCAUUGUGGGAUGUGAGCCAACACUCAUUUAUGCUCUCCAAAAAGACAUGCAGACACACACAUGCACACACACAAGACUGAGAAAUUAAAUGUUAAUUUUGUAUGGCAACCAAUUCUAUGGACACACCACAGUAUUUGGAGGUCAAAUAUUCAAAGCUCUUUAAAGCUUUUAAAGAUCAUAUUUUAUCUUGUUGUUUAUAUGUUUAAAAUGUUUUCUAAGUAAUGUAUAAUGUAAAACACCCCAGUCAGUUCAUCAAGUGAAUAUACAUUAUUGGCAAGUCACUCCAGGGGAAUGUUUCAGAGAAUGUCCACCUAAGUGCUGUUCUAACAAAGAGAAUGUUCAGUAAAAGGUAGCCAUUUCAGGGUUUGUGAAAAGCCAAUCGUCAUUUAAGUGGAUACUAAAGUGUGGGGGAAAGGGUGAGUGACCUUUAAAAAUCUGCAGCAAAAUGUCAAUGACUUCAUGUGAUGCAGUGGAACAACAACCCUGCUGUAGGUAGAGAUCAUUAGAAACUAAAAGACAGUUUCUGUUGCUUUAUCCUUUCCAAUAGUCUGAACUUGGAACUAAACUGUUACAAGCAAAGAAUUUAAAUGGCACUUUAAAUGCUCAUCAUCAGAGCUCCCAAAUUAGUUCCAUCCCUCAACACCCAUUGACCUCUAUGGCCUAAUAAUAAUUAUUAUCCAUGUAAGCUUUUGUAAUAAAAGACAGAAUCAUAUUUUUGACAAUAAUUUUGCAGUUCCGGUCAUCCGUGUAAUAUACUUCAAUAUUUUAUGUUUGGGAUCACUGAUUUUAAGUUUAGAUUUAAAUCUCAUUCUGUAUGAUUCAACGCAAUAGGAUAUAAUAGGCAUCCACUAUAUUAUCCUUGUAAAUUGCAGGGAUUGUCAUAUUUGUUUUAAUUAUGAAUGCCUAAGAUUUUCGAACAAAUUCUCCCUGCCCUCUUGUACCAGGAAUGGUGACACUGCUUGUUCAGAAGGUCAUUAGUCAGUGGGCAUAUUGAUUGCCCCACCUCUUCUUCUCUGCCAAUCACUGUGGUCAGGCACUCUAUCCUACUGCACCCCUUUCUUCAGCCCUGUCCCUUUCCUGCAGGAGAUGUCAUUCAGACCACCUCACCUAGGCAGGCUUUCACUCUUGCUGCCACGUUUGUGAAAUUUUUUUGCAAUCUGUUUGCCUUUGUACUCAACCUCUAUAUUUAUGAAAACAAUGCAUGCAGAUGUUCUCAGUUUGUCAUGAACUGACUUUGCUAUAUGUUUGAUACUGCUGUUUUUUCUGUGAAAAAAAAAAAACCUACUCUGGAUGCUACAAGAAUGUCAGUCUUUCUUCUAGGACAAACCUUUUGUACCUCUGAACGCUAUCGCAUUGCCCGUCAAGUUGCUGUAUUGAUUGGAGAUGUGACUGCAUGUGAAAAAAAGAAAAAACAUCUGUCUCUGUUUUGUUUUUCAACACUCAGGCAAUUAAUUGCAUAUUUAGGUGGUUCUCUGAAACAGAAAAUAAAGUAUACGAGUGUUUCACCUGACUCUUGCACCAAAUGGCCAAGUUAUCGUGCCUUUUCUUUUGUAACUGUAUUUUUUGCACCGCUCACUUUACAAAGUUCCCUUGAUCAAUAUUAGCUUUUAAUAUGUAAAUGACACAUUUGGCACAUUAAUACUCUGGUCACUGCGUUAUUGUCCGACAUUGUAGUUUGAAUUGUGAGUACUUCCCACUUGAUGACACAUGGCCAGUGUGCGGUUAUGCUGUGUGAUGGUGAAGGCAGGUGUGCAAGGCUGAGUUGAAAGGCUGUCCCAGGGGAGGAGAGGGAAGAAAAAUAGCAGAUCCUGGUUUCUGGGAGGGGCAAGUGGGAUGGCAACUUAGAGGGCUGCAUGGGGAUUGGUGGAAGACAUGCCAGUUUGCCAUCAACAUGGACAACAUGGCACCAUGCUUGUUAGAUUGUUUAAAAGUCACAUAGAAGUAGCUUACACGUAUGUAAGAAAGUUUUGAAUUUGUGCAUCUUUGUUUUAAGUAUUUUCAUUUAAUGGUCGAUAAUAGUUGUUGCAGCCAGAGCUGAACUCAAACAUGGAGAAUGAGGAAAAAAUUAGCAGACUAAACAUGCUUAUUAUUCGUCCAAACAAUAACAGGAAGCUCACUCACUAAUGCUAAUUGGAGAGGUAAUUUCUACUGGAUCUCUAGCCAUUUUUAUUAAUUUAUUAAAGUCAUUUUGGAAAAUGCUUAUUGUUUAGUGUAUUUAUGAUUAGUUAGUUAUCCUGCUCUGGAUAAAGAUUGUGCUCAAUGGAGAUCUUGUCCAUUUGAGGUUGUAAAGGGCUGCAUGCAUCCCUCUCUUUACAUCAAACUUUAUAGGAAUGUCUAUUUUUACAGUUUAAUUUUCAUCAAGCACAAGCUUACUGGUGCACAGUUUCAGAUAAUUUCUAUAUUCAAGUCCUGUUGUUUAUUGAAAUAAAAGUGCAAAAAUGUGCUAUCAGAACCCAGAAUUCUGCUUUGUUUUGGUUUGUUUACUUUUUUAAUGUUUGAGUAUUCAAAUUGUGUUUUUUACUAUGACAAAUUGUGUGCUAUUUGUAUGUAUAAAACUGGAAAUCCGCGUUCAAUAAAGUAGAGAACCAAC